AUGCCUACUGAGGGUAUGAGCUUUAGACAGAUUGUUGAAUCCGUUUUUAACAAGUGUGGGAAGGACGAAGUACGCCUUUUUGCGGGUACUGCAAGGAGGAUAUGGUUGCGUAGGAAUGACUAUGUGCAUGGAGGCCUGUUUACCCACCCAACUGCUUUGUUACAAGGCGCUCUUCAUUCUAUGGAAGAAUUUUCCGAGAUUACUAAGCUGGAAGGUCCAAGACCCAGUCUCCUUGCUGUCACAGUGUCGAGGUGUUGGACUGCUCCAUGUCCUAGAUGGCUAAAGGUGAAUUGGGAUGCUUCUUUCCAACUCUCUUCGGGCAGGAUGGGUUUUGGGGCAGUGGUACGAGAUGAACAGGGGACGGUGAAAGCUGCUAUCAGCAAAACUAUGGUGGGACGUCUUGACCCGUCGGUAGCGGAAGGCAGGGCUUUGCUCGUGGCGAUAGGCCUGUGUAAGGAGAUGGGUUUCAGAGAUAUUCAAUUUGAAGGGGAUGCUCAAGUAGUGAUAAAUGCAGUAAACUCAGCGGAAACGGAUUGGAGCAGAAUAGGGCUCAUGGUCACAGAUAUUAAACGUGAGCUGGAGACUCUCUCACAAUGGAGGAUGCAGUUCGUGCCCAGGGGUAGCAAUGGAGUCGCCCAUAUUUUGUCGAAGGAGGCUACGACCAGUUUUUUAAAUAAGUGUUGGAUCAACGAGGUACCGGAUUGUAUUAAGGAUCUUGUCCUGCUGGAGAGCAGGGCUGUAUCUUUUGAUACUUAA